AAAAGACUGAACGCAGAAUUGACUCGCUCAAGAAGAACCGAAUCUACAGAACAGCAGCAUUGACUCAGUCAAGAAGAACCGAAUCUACAGAACAGCAGCAUUGUCUCCUUCAAAAUGUCAUUUCAGUUGGUAUUCCUUUUGUUCCUGUUUCUGCAUGAAGCAUACCCAGAAGCACAGAGGAGUAAUGAGCUUCACGUUGUGACAUUUCCAUCGUCGUCUGCAGCAGGCUUGGGGAGGCAGAAGAGAGACUGGGUGAUUCCACCUAUCAGUGUUUCAGAAAAUGAACGGGGCCCAUUCCCCAAAUUUGUGGUUCAGAUAAAGUCCAACAGAGCCAAGGAAAUUACAGUUUACUACAGCAUAACAGGGCCUGGAGCAGAUGCACCCCCAGAAGGGCUUUUCACAAUUACAAGGACUGGUGGAGAAUUGUAUGUGACCCAGCCCUUGGAUCGGGAGUCUCAAGCUCAAUAUAUUCUCAUGUCACAUGUUGUUGACAUUAAUGGUAAAACAAUUGAGGAUCCUAUGGAGAUCAUAAUUAAAGUUACUGAUCAAAAUGACAACAGACCAAAGUUCACGAUGAACACCUUUCUUGGCAGUAUAAGCGAGGGAUCAGCAGUAGGAUCUGUAGUUAUGAAGGUGACAGCUACAGAUAAAGAUGAUCCCAUGAUGGACAAUAGUGUAAUUGGGUAUUCCAUCCUAAACCAAGAACCUAAAGAACCCCACUCCCCCAUGUUUUCCAUUAACAAGUCUGGAACCAUCCGUCUGGUUGCAACUGGGCUGGAUAGAGAGAAAGUAGCUGAAUAUAAAUUGAUCAUCCGGGCUGCAGAUAUGGAUGGUAACGGUCUCUCAACCACUGCCACAGCUAUCAUUACUGUAACAGAUAAGAACGGCCAUACUUUACUGCUCCCUCCUAAUGUCGAAGGUGUGACUGCAGAGCGGUUUCCAUGGAUUGGAUUGUUAGUCAGGGCUGUGGACACUACGAAAGGCAUUCCUGUCAGUAACCUGAGGAUCACUGUAUUCAAACUAGAGGAUUCUGGCAAAGAACUGAAACGGAGAGAGACGAGCACAGGGCUGACAAGUGCUAAGGGACAUUUUGAGAUGUCAAACUCUCUUCCCUCCCCGGGAGAAUACGUGGUGCGGCUGGAAAGUGGAGCUUACUGGAAACAGCAGGAGAAGGACUUCUUUCACCUGUAUGUGGAGAGUACCUUCACUGUUGCAGAUUCACAUCAGAGGUACUGCAUCACUGUUCUCCUGGCCCCCUUCGCUUACAGCACUUAUGAAGCAUGCUAAAACAGAUCUGUGUUGUAUCCCUCUUAGCAGAUGACUACUAUGAGAUCGAUGAAGCUGGUUUCCAAAUUAGCUACACAGGCCUAUAGUAGAGGGCCCAAAAAUGAUGGUCUCUUUCACUUUUCUCUGCAUGUUUUUAAAUACUGUUUUUUUAAUUCUAAAACUGAUGUAGUCUGGUAUGAUGGGCCACACUUACGGUUGGAUUUAAAAAACAAUAAAAUAAAUAUUUGAACUAUG